CCCUCCCUUCCCUAGCUCUCUCCACCUCCACGUACCACACUAGUGAUCUCUGGUUUCUCUCUAUGUUUACUCUUGGCUUCCAUUUCUUUNUUUUUUUUUUUUUUUUUUUUUUUUUAUCGCAAAUCGUUAUAUAUUAUUAAUUCCUCAAAUCAAUUUUUAAUUUAAUUCGCUCCCUCAUACCAUCAAUUACCCAAAAUUUCAUCUGAUUCGAUUUUUGAGAGAGAGAUUGAGAGAGAGAGAGAGAGAGAGAGAGAGCUCUUCUUCUUCCUCUCCAAAUUCACCCAAUUCGAUUUCUAUCUUCUUCUCGGCCAUUUUCGAUCGGUGACGGAGAUCUUUCGCCGGUUUGGGGUUUCUAUGGGUGUGAUGGAGACCAGUAUGGUGAAUACGGAGACGACAUCAAAGGUUGUUAAAGUGACGAUGAGCAACAAUGGUGAUGCUUUUGUUGAUAAAAGAGUUGUUUUUCAGAAUGGUGCUUGUUUCAGGAAUGAUCGUAUGACCGGGCUUAAGUUUAAGCGUCGGAAGGUUUGUGCUGUUAGGGAUUUCCCACCUGGUUGUGGUACUGGUGUGAACCUCUUUAGACCCAAACCACCUGAAGAAGAUGUUAAGGCUGCUGAAGAUGUUAUUAAGGUUGAGUCUUCUGUUAAAGAGGAGGAGGAGGAAGGUUUGGUGGGGCAGAGAGAUGAUGGGAAGAGUUGUGGUGAGUUUCCCCCUGGAGAUGGGGAUUUGGUGGAAAACGGGAGUCAUGUCAUUAUGGCUGAGCAUGUUGAGGUUCAGCCUCUGAGCAUUUGUAGACCAGAUGGGGAUGUUCUGGCGACGGGUUCUGUUGGUGGGGUGAGUUCAAACAGUGAACAGACUGUGAAGGUUGCGGGUUCCAUGGGAAAGAAGAACUCGGUUCUUGAGAGUUCUGGUUCUGAUGUUAGCAGCAGCGGAACAGAAAACAUGACGAGGGACAUUGUUGUUUAUGCAGAUGAAGAAUGUUUUGGAAGAGAUGAUUUGGCACAGACUGAGCCGUUGGAAAUUGAGAUGCCGUCAGAUUUAGCAGUUCCAAAACCAAGUCUUGAUGUGCGUAGAAAAAAGGCAAAGAAAGGGGUUGCAUUUCAUUCAGCCUUAAAGGUUACCAGAACGAUCAAGAAAGAGUAUGGUGGUGAAGGAUCUAGGAUGAAGAAGGAUUUCUAUUCGCGCCAGAGGGUAGGUCGGGAUGUAGAGGAUUCUCCUGACCAUCGAAUACCUCGACAGUCUUGGAUGCUAAAUGUCGGGAUUCCUCCUUCUCGUCCCAGUGGGUCAAGCAGCGGCGGUGAUAAUAGUAGCCGGGAAAAAGUCAAGGAAACUCUACGUCUUUUCUAUGGAGCUUGUAGAAAACUUUUGCAGGAGGAAGAAGCUAAGCCUGAGAAAGAUCGGAUAAAAAGGUUUAGAGUAGAUUUCGUGGCUUCAAAGAUUCUGAAAAGCAAAGGCAAGUAUCUCAACGUGGGUGUUCAUAUUUUGGGACCUGUGCCUGGGAUUGAGGUUGGUGAUGAGUUCCAAUAUAGAAUGGAGCUGAACAUUCUCGGUAUGCAUAAACCGAGUCAAGGGGGUAUUGAUUAUAUGAAACACGGUGACGACAUAGUUGCUACUAGUAUUGUAGCCUCUGGAGGGUACGACGACUCUCUGGAUAACUCAGAUAUCUUGAUCUACACUGGUCAAGGCGGGAAUGUGAUGCAAGCAAAGAAAAGUGGACAGGAAUAUAAACCGCCCAAAGACCAAAAGCUUGUACAGGGGAACCUCGCAUUGAAAAACAGCUCAAUCAAGCAGACCCCUGUACGUGUCAUAAGGGGCAACCAAAAGGCAGCUUUAGAAUCAUCAGGUGGUGAUAAGAAAGGUGCACAUUAUGUUUAUGACGGAUUAUAUCUUGUGGAAGAGUAUUGGCGAGAACUCGGAUCUCACGGCAAGUUUGUCUUCAAGUUUAAGCUUAGGCGCAUGCCUGGACAGCCUGAGCUUUCAUGGAAAGUGGUGAAGAACUCAAAGAAUCUGAAAUACCGGGAAGGUCUGUGCAAACUUGACAUCUCAGAAGGGAAAGAGCGCCUACCCAUUAGCGCUGUGAAUGAAAUAGACGACGAGAAACCGCCUAUUUUCACCUACACAGUGAAAAUCAUUUACCCGGAUUGGUGCAGACCAGUUCCUCCAAAGCCAUGCAGUUGCAUUGGUGGCUGCACGGACGACGCAAAAAACUGCAAUUGCGUGGACAAAAACGGAGGAGAGAUUCCAUACAACCACGAUGGAGCCAUUGUUGGUGCAAAGCCUUUAAUCUAUGAGUGUGGCCCUCGCUGUAAAUGCCCUGCUUCUUGCUACCUUAGAGUCACACAGCAUGGUAUCAGGUUCCCGCUUGAGAUUUUCAAAACUAAGUCAAGAGGUUGGGGAGUGAGGUCGCUUAAGUCAAUCCCUUCGGGUAGCUUCAUAUGCGAAUACGUAGGUGAGCUUCUGGAGGAUAGUGAAGCAGAAAGAAGAACCGGAAACGAUGAGUAUCUCUUUGAUAUUGGUAACAGAUACGAAAAUACCUUGGCGGAAGGUAUGUCGGAGAUUAUGCCGGGGGCACAGGCAGGCCCAGCCGAGGAAGAAGAUGAGGAGGCAAGCGGAUUCACCAUUGAUGCAGCAACAAAGGGGAAUAUUGGGAGAUUCAUAAACCACAGCUGCUCGCCAAAUCUGUACGCACAAAACGUAUUGUAUGAUCAUGCUGACAAGAGAAUGCCUCACGUGAUGUUCUUCGCAAUGGACAACAUACCUCCGCUUCAAGAACUGACUUACCACUACAACUAUGCGAUCGACCAGGUACGGGACUCUAUGGGUAAUAUCAAGAAGAAAGCUUGCUACUGUGGUUCUGCCGUAUGUACCCGUAGGCUCUAUUGAUAGAUGGAUUCGCCUUAAAACUUCUACCUCUGCUUUAUUCAGAUUCUUCUAGUUUUAUGUUUGGUUAUCUCAAACUUUUUUCCAUUUUAAUAUUCAAUUUCUUCUUCUUGUUUUAUGUUGACUGAAUCAACAGUUUACGUUACAUUUUUAGUCAUAAUUAAAGCUCGAUGAGUAUGGUCAAAAACCAAGUCUCUAAGUGGUA